AGGCAGCACGAGUGAAGUCCGUGUGCUUCUUUCAGACACUACGAAAGACAGCCGACCAUAAUCGACACCGAGAGACGAGCAUUAUCGUGCCUGUGGAACUUGCUUUAAAACAUUUUCACGUCACGACAGUGACUCCUUUUUUUUUGUAGACUCGUGACAAAAAAAAAAAAAGGACUUCCAACUCGCUCUGCCCUUACAUCCGCCUCACUAAAUAACUGUAACACGAGCGGCAUAAAACAAAUAAACCACGGACACGAUUUGCGUGAAAUGUGUGCCCGGUCGUUACAGUUUACCAGUUGGAGUCUUCCACUCUGAGGUAUAGUUUCUCUUCAAGAGGCAAGGAAUGCUAUCUGAGCAUCAAUGUUUCACUGGGGAAAGUGGAAGAAGAGGAUGGGAGCAAAUAGUUCUUCAAAAAGACCCGUUUUUGACGAAAAGGAAGAUGUGAACUUUGACCACUUUCAGAUAUUGCGGGCCAUUGGGAAAGGCAGCUUUGGAAAGGUAUGCAUCGUGCAAAAAAGGGACACAGAGAAGAUGUACGCCAUGAAGUACAUGAACAAACAACAAUGUAUAGAAAGAGAUGAGGUCCGAAACGUCUUUAGAGAGCUUGAGAUUCUACAGGAAAUUGAACAUGUGUUUUUAGUAAAUCUCUGGUAUUCAUUCCAGGAUGAGGAAGACAUGUUUAUGGUUGUGGAUCUCCUGCUUGGAGGAGACCUCCGUUACCACCUGCAGCAAAGUGUCUCAUUCAGCGAGGACGCUGUUAAACUUUACCUUUGUGAAAUGACACUUGCACUAGACUACCUACAAAGCCAGCACAUCAUUCAUAGAGAUGUCAAACCAGACAACAUUCUUUUGGAUGAGCAAGGCCAUGCUCAUCUGACAGACUUCAACAUAGCCACAAUAAUAAAGGAUGGAGAACGAGCAACGGCCUUAGCUGGAACCAAGCCAUAUAUGGCUCCCGAGAUCUUUCAGUCCUUUAUGAACGGCGGGAUGGGCUAUGCCUUUGAGGUUGACUGGUGGUCAUUAGGGGUGACAGUAUUCGAAGUACUACGGGGAUGGAGGCCCUAUGACAUUCAUGCCAGUAACUCGCUAGAGUCUCUCAUCCAGCUCUUCAGCACAGUCAGUGUCCAGUACAGUCCAGCCUGGCCCAAAGACCUUGUGUCUCUCUUGAGAAAGUUACUUACGGUGAAUCCUGAGCAUCGUUUCUCCAGCCUGACUGACAUGCAGACCUCUCCCUACCUCGCUGGCAUCAACUGGGACGCCAUUUAUGAAAAGAAGAUGGAUGCUGGAUUUGUUCCGAAUAAAGGUCGCCUCCACUGCGACCCCACCUUUGAGCUGGAGGAGAUGAUCUUGGAAUCGCGUCCCUUGCACAAAAAGAAGAAAAGACUGGCAAAGAGCCGGUCUCGUGACAACAGCAAAGAUUCACAGUCUGAGAAUGAUUAUCUACAGGAGUGCCUUGAAGCGGUGCAGCAAGAGUUCAUGAUCUUCAACCGUGAGAAGUUGAAAAAGCGUCAGGAAAGUCAAAGCGAGGCUGGAGGUGACGACGGAGAUGGAGAGGCAGAGGCUGGCGUCACCGAUGACGAUGUGGCCGAGCCUGAACCGGAACCAGAACCUGAGCCGGAGUCCUCUUCCAAACUGAGCAUGUGUGGCUCUGUGUGCUCCUCCCCUGGCAGCUGCUAGUGCCACAUCCGCUCACAGCGCAGGAUCAAGGAUGAAGGUCUCUCAGUGCCAUGCCCGUAGAUAUAUUCUUCUCUCCUCUCUCAUUUGCAGUAGCCAGGAGGGGAGGAAGCACACAGCAGGGGGACAGACGCACUGCUGGACCCAAUUAGUUUUAUUCUGUAGCACCGUUCCCCGGUAAGGCAAGAAUGAAGCAAAAUCACCACCUACGUUCUCCGUCCUUCACAAUGCUCCAACUUCUAUGCAAUGUUACACUUCAUUCACAGCAUGACAAACAAUAUCACACACUAGGAGAUGAAGCAGAAUGCUCGGUCAUGAUGAUGACAUCCUGAGCAAUAGCUGUUUGCGAUAUUUUGGUGGCUUUGGUGGUUUUAGUAGAGAUGCUUCCCUCCUCUUCUUCAGAAUGAGCCUGGGAGGACUGAAUUAUUCAACAUGCGCAGGCAGUUUUACAGUUUUAGCCUCUCUACUUUAUUCUUCCCCUCAGCUUCUCUUAUGUCAUGAAUGCCCUAAUUCAGAGCAAUUGUUUUUCUUCCCCCCCAAAAUCCCGGUAUGCUUCUAUUGCCACACCUUCACACUGAUGUAAUAGGGCCAAACUAAAUUGUAUUAGUUGACAUAUAUUUGCAUUAUUCUAAUUUAAAUGAGUGAUUAUACAGAUAAAUAAUAUUCAUGACUAAAAUUUAUAUCUUCUGUAAUGGUAAAUGGUGUUAUACUUAUAUAGCGCUUUUCCACCUUUCAAGGCGCUCAUAAAUGAAAUACAUCUGCUAAAUUAGUGCACACAUGAAAAUAGUCAGUGUCACUCAUGUCAUAAACUUACCUAAAUUGUCGGACUAUAAGCCGCUACUUUUUUUCCCCCUUAUUUUGAAUCCUGCAGCUUAUUUGUUGAUUUAUUUUGAUUACCGUAUUUUUCGGACAAUAAGUCGCACCUGAGUAUAAGUCACACCAGCCAUAAAAUGCCCAACGAAGAGGAAAAAAACAUAUAUAAGUUGCACCGGAAUAUAAGUCACAUUUUGGGGGGAAAUUUACUUGAUAAGAUCCAACACAUAGAACACAUGUUAUCUUGAAAAGCAAUUUAAUAUAAAAAUACAAUAGAGAACAACAUGCUGAAUACCGUAAUUUCCUAAAUAUAAGGCGCACCCGUGUAUAAUGCGCACCCCAAAUUUACUUGUAAAAUCUAAGGAAAAUUAGUGUACCCGUUUAUAACGCGCACAGUAAAUAGAAGAAUACAAGAAAACACAGCUCGUGUACAGAUACAGAAAUGUCAUUUUACUGACUGGUGAAACACAGCACAAGCAUAGCACAUUGGUAGUUCAAAACAUUACCAUAAACUGACAAUAUUUACGGUAAUAAUAUGAUUUGACAACUUCUCCAACUUACCAGAAUCUAGGAGAAAACAAAACAGAUGUGACUUUUCUUUUAAAGGCUGCUGUAUAACUUGCUCGUUUCAUCAUGAUGAAUCAAUGUUUCUUCCAUGGAUUGAUACGGUAAAAUGAAAGUGAGAACGUAAAUCGGAAAUCCGUGAGAGCUCAUUGCUGUCGACACGACAGUAACAAUAGGAACUAUUGUUAUUUGGGUUUGAGUUUCCCGAGGGACAGAUAUAGCUGACGGACACAGGAAGUCUGUGUGCUUACGUUUGUUAUGGUCCGAGUUGCGGAGCUGCAAUAAACGUUGACUCAAAUGAGUUCAAGAAACUAAAUUCUGUGCUUUAUUAAGAGUGAAAAAAGCAGAAUUUAACACAGAUGGAAUCAUUCGGUCGAUUAGAGUGAAGUAUUACCGAAACAAAAUGGUGAUGUCACGUACCGUAAUGGUCGCCAACGGACCGCCGCAUACGUUUCUUCAGCACAACGUGGCCAUGUCAAUUUAAAAAAAAUUGUUUUAUAUAUAUAUAUAUAUAUGUUUCCAUCCAUGUACCCGUUUAUAAUGCGCACCAUGAUUUUACAAGUUGAUUUUGGGGAAAAAAGUGUGCGUUAUAUUCGGGAAAUUACGGUAAGUGUACAGUAUGCGAAAUGUGGAUAUACUGUCCUCACCAGGACGCUACGGCUCGGUCCUGGCGAUACGGCAAGCUAAACUCCUAAAUGACGAUGCUGGACGUCCGUAUAAUUUGCUGAAACAAUUUUGUCCUCGAUAGCAAACAGGUUCGCAUCAACGUGAAUAAAUGAUAAUUACCUACUAUUACAGCAACGACACAAAUGGUUUGCAUGCGUUCGCUAGCAUUAGCACAUCGUUCAAACAACCACACAACUGUCGCUAAGUGUCCGAUCGCGGGUGGAAAACACACAACAACAACAGAAAAGAGUAUACACACAGGCGUUGCCUCUGUAGAUAUUUUACAAGCAUAAACAAUGAACGUAGGUUCGCAGCCUUGUUUCUCUCGCUCUCCCUCGCCCACUCGCUCAGAGACUGUGCGUAGCUCUCAGUCUUCUUCGGGCGUGUGAGCCCUCUUCUUCGCGUAAAGAAGUGCGAGUGCGCCCCCACUUGGGCGUGAAAGCGCCACAAACUAAAAGCAUGCUUUAAAUUAAAAAAAAAAAAAAGUCAAUAAUGCAAUUGAACACACAUUGCCAAAGGCAGAACGCGAACGUGGCCAUAGCUAUUAAGAGUUAUUCAGAUAACUACAGCAUAAAGAACAUGCCAACAAGUUUACCAAACCAUCAGUGUCACUCCAAAACACCAAAAUAACAUGUGAAAUGAUAUCAGAAUGUGUUAAUAAUUUCACACUUAAGUCGCUCCUGAGUAUAAGUCGCACCCCCAGCCAAACUAUGAAAAAAAAAAAAACGGCGACUCAUAGUCCGAAAUAUACGGUAAUAGCUAACACUUUUUUUUUUGACAGCGGCGUCAUAAGACUGCCGUAAGACCGUCAUAAUUAUGACAGGGCUCUAUCAUGGGCAUUAACGACAUUAUGAAAUAUGUCACUAACUCCAUUCAUGUCCAGCUCGGCUCUUUACAUCCCAUUCAAAAGUGAGAUAAUUUGCCGGAUGACACAAAAUGACAUCUGUCAUAAACAUUCAUUAAUGCUCAUGGCAGUGUCAUGUCAUAAUUAUGAUGGUCUUAUGACAGUCUUAUGGCACCACUGUCAAAUAUAGUGUUACCAAACACCAUAACUAGCAAUUAAUGAAACAACUGGAACAUUAACUGAAGAUGUAAUUAGCACAGAACAUUAAUUUUGAUUGUUGUUUACACAUGUAGCGCUGCAAUGCAUGAUAGGAUGCAUGUUGGACGACAACAAUGUUGAUAGCAGGUGGCAGCAGAGGUUGACGGUCUCCCCCAAGGGAGCAGUGAUGGCCAAAUGAACCUUCUUGAAGCAAUGAAUGGUGGUUCAUUUGAUCGUAUGACAGUCUUAUGAUGCCUCUGUCAAAUAUAGUGUUACCGGUUAAUAUCUUUUGGUGUAAAUAUCCCAUGAUACAGUGAAGACAGCUGCAGCUUAUGGUCCAGUGUGGCUAAUCUAUGAACAAAUGCUGUUUUCGUGUCAAAUUUGGUGAGUCGCGGGUUAUAUUCAGGUGCGCCUUAUAGUCUGAAAAUUACGGUAGUUUUUCUUCACUAAGUUCUCUAGUGUUAUAUAUUGGAGAUCACCGUCCUGCAGUGCUCAUUCUGAGGAUUAAACUGAUUUAGCUGUUUGUAUUUGAAAUUGUUUUCACCAUCUAGUCCAGUGGUAUAUUUAAUUCAGGACCGUUUUCAUUUUAAGCAUGGAACAUGUAGCAAUGAUCCACCUUAAAGCCCGACAGUAAAUGAAGAACAUGUAAAUAGUGCACAUUGUAGGUAAAUUACUUCACCACAGUUUUAUGUGGGACUGAUAAAAUCGAUAUAUUUCAAUUGAACUAAAGGAAGAAGCGUGUGAAGUCAGUCUUUCACAUUGCUUCGUUCUGCUAUCUGCUCCAAGUGUGCAGGCACAUCUUGUAGGCAAAAUAGGCCAAAGCUUUUCUACCAUUUGCAUAACCAUUUCUAAGAAAGUGUGUGAAUGUAUGUAUUUCUGUAUAAAUCCAGUAUCCAAUCAUUGCCAAUAUGUAGAUAGGUUCAUAAUUCUGGUAUUGAGGGAAUUUAAUGGCACGCAAGAAAGCUGAAAGAAUUAAAAUAAUUAAAAGUAGCAAUGUUGAGAAAUGACCUAAAACUGGUUUCUGACAGUCAAACCCAAAUUCAUUUUUAUACACAUAGACAGGCACAUGUCAAAAUGCAAUUUAAGAGUUUAAAAUUAGCUCGCCAGUGUAUCAUGGCAAAAAUGUAAUGUCUUUACUAUUUUUACAGUACACUGCUACAUUUAUUAACGAAAUAAUAAAGCUGUUUUCUUCUGGUAUUUGCUUAACUAAGAUAAUCAACCGAUCUCACAGUGGUUGGAUACAAUUCAUCACAGAAAGUUGGACAAUGUUUUGGAUUUUGUAUGGAAAAAUAUUUAUGGAAACUAAUGAAAAUAAAUGCAUUCUUAUCAAUUUAUACAAUUGUGGGAAUAGGAUAACCACUCUAUGUUAUGCCGCCGAUAUGCUUCAUGUAUCUCAUUUCUGACCAUUACACCUGCAUUGGAUCUGAUCCCAAAAUGCAACUUUAAUGUUUUCAACAACGUCGAUAUAAUAAUAAUCUAAAUCUUUAUAUGGCACAACAAAGCAUUGCUCAAUUACCACCAUAUUAGCUGAUUUUCUUUGGAUUGUUUUAGAUUUUUGUCCCCAAAAUGAUUCUAAUGCUGUAAACUAGUACUGUGCAACUUGCCUGAUUAUGCAAGUACAUGCCCACUUUGAGCUUCAUGAACACCCACUUGGCAAUGUCCAAUCAGAGCCAAGAGUGAAAUGUAAACAUUAAAUAUUUCAAUUGCAUCCAGUCAGCCACAUAUUAUGGUGUUAUACUUAUAUAGUAAUAAGAAUCUAGCUUUUUACAGAGGCAAGCAAACAUCUUAAACUAAAAUUGCUUGGAAAAAGGACAUUCUGGGUGUUUUCAACAGAAAUUAGGUAGAAAACCUGAUGAAAAAAAAAAAUGCAAGUUCACAUUUAAGGUAUUUUGUAGGUAAUUUUGUUGUUCAGGUAGUCCCCGGUUUACGAACGAGUUCCGUUCCUGCAUUGGCGAUGUAACCUAGAUUUCCGUGCAAGUCGGAAUUUACCCUUUAAAUACCUCAGAACACCCUCUAAAUUGAGAAAAAAACAAAAACUAUCCACAAUGUCAGACGGCCGUGUGAUUUGGUGGCUUUAUUCAGCUGCUCAUGACAUCAACACAUGCAGAAUGAAAUUAAAAUAAAAUGAAAUUAAAUCAAUCUCAUCUUCAAUAACAGCAAUUCAAAUUUGUGUUUACAAGUAGCUGCUGAUACAGCAAUACCAAACUGUUAGCGUGUAUUAGUUAGCGUCCGCACAUCAUCAAAAACAAUCCCAUAAACUCGCCCCAAAUAUUUGACCACAAUUUAAAACGCACAAUAAACAGUACAAAAGGGGUUAUAUAUGUAUGUCGCCUUUGGAUGCUUCACCAGCAACAAAAAAAAAACAUAACAAAACAACAACAAAAAAACGAAAACGUAAAAUCGAAAUCGCGUAACCCGGGGACUACCUGUAUUUUGUAGGAAAUUUUGUAACAUUUCCCACUUUGUUAAAUUACAAUGAGGGAUUUUCUGAUUUAUUUUAUGAGACAAAACGUAGCAUCAUCCAAAUAUGUCAUGUAUCAUAUGUUUGAAUUUAGGUUUUCUUUUUUUCCUUUUUUUAAUGUGAUUUUUUUUUUUUUUUUUUUAACUUUUUCAAAAUUAUAUUGUUUUGCAUGGGCCUUUACUUAAUGAGCCUGAUUUUGCCUAAACGUGGAUCUUAAGCUUUAAUUUCUGAUUUGUACAUGUACAUGAUGAUAAAAUUAUACCUCAAUCCUUACACUACUGUUAACCAUUGUUGACUCUGAGUGCAACUGACCUGGUUGUUUCUAAAAUUUCAUUGUGCAGAGGCAUGUAAACCCGGUGUUUUUAUACUGUAGACAGCAUGGUAUUGUUAUAUGGGAUGAAUUACCUUCUAGGAUACUGUGGAUUGUUGGGUUCCUAAUGUUAAGUAACAGCAAGAAUGUUUUUUUCUCCCUGGGUCCUCCUACAGUUGAUGACCUGUCAUAAACCAUUUAAUGUAAGUGAUCAUGACUGUUGUGAUUAGAGACUGUUUUUAUCAAACCGAUUCAUCAAAAUUGUUUCAAAGCUGUCAUUUUUCACAUUCAUUCACUAUAUGCAGGGUUCGUACAGGUCUUUGAAAUCCAUGAAAAUACUUGGAUACUUAUUUUACUGUUUUUUUGUCAAAGUUUGAAAAAUGCUUGAAUUUUGUGUAGGGCUGCAGCUAUCGAUUAUUUUAGUAGUCAACUAAUCGAUGAACUAGUUAGUUCGAAUAAUCGAGUAAUCGGAUGAGGAACAUGAAAAAUUAAAAUACCUGAGCUGAGCCUCAAUGAAAAAGUACAUAAAUAAGGAUCUACAGUGGGGAGAACAAGUAUUUGAUACACUGCCAAAAACCCAUUGGCAGUGUAUCAAAUACUCGUUCUCCCCACUGUAUGUACAACAAAAGAACAAUUGGCUAACUUACAUAGCAAAAUUCCGCUAGCUUAAAUGCUAUAAAACGCUAAGUUUUUUUAAUUUUAAUUUUUAUUCUAUUCGUGAUUAAAUGUGAUUUUUAUGUAUAAUUUUAUUUUCUAUUUCAAUUGUCUUUGUUUUUACGUUCUAUUGAUUUUAAUGUGAUUUUUAUGAUCUUCAUGUGAUGUUAAGCACUUUCAAUUGCCUUGUGUUGAGUUGUGCUAUAUAAAUAAAUUUGCCUUGCCUUGC